CCUAGUACAUACAUAUCUAUAUACAUGGCUGUAUUUCUGCGGUCGUCUGCAACACAUUUCAUUUCAAUAAUAAUGAAAACAAAAGUUAAAAACAAACGACGAAUAUGUAAAAAUAAGAAAUAUGUGGAAAAAAAAGAAAAUAAAAUUUGUUUAAUCAACCGCUAGCUGCGCGUAAACAAGAUCUUAGGGCAGAGACUAAGACCAAACAGGCAGAGAGAGAGGCACAGUUUGGUACAGUUAGAGGGAGACGGCGACAGCCAGCCCGAUUACGAAAAGAGGCUACCCAACUCCCCGCACCAUGAUGCUUGUAAUGACAUCGAUAGUUUACAGUUGUUUCUUUAUACACUAUCUUAUGAAAGCAUGAAUAUACUUCUGGUUUGGACGAGUUUCAUUGAUAUUAUAUUAUAGAAAUUACAGCGCAUCGGAUAUUCGCCACUUCGAAGCUCAUUUUGAAAUUUUCCCGUUUUAACUGGUCAGUCGCGGAUGGUAUAUAAAUGUUGACAAUGGAAAGACCACGGUUUAAACCAAUUUUGGCAAUGCGCUCGGCCAACAAGUAACAGCAGAAGAGUAGAGCAGAACAGAUCGCAUCAGAGCGUAGUAGUCGAAAUUUGACCGUAAACACAUGUUCAAUCGCAGUCUCAUGAAUUCCAUAACAGAGUCAAAUGGGAUUCCAGCAUUGCUGCUGACGGUGUUAGUAUUAUCGCUGACGCCGCUAGUGUCUGGCUUUGGCAAUGAGUAUGUUCACAUUAAGGUGCAUGUGCCUAAGGAUCAGGUGCCGAGCAUCGGUGUCGAUGUGGAGCAGCCACCCAAGGUAAUUCAUCACUUUCACCACCAUGCGCCACCGCAUAUAAGGUCGCGCGGACGCCCUCAUUUAAAGACCAAAACAAGUCCCUUGCUGGAAAGCGUCAUACUGUCGGAUCUGGAUAAGCCGCUGCACAUGAGUGAGCAUGCGGACUACUUGAACCAUGCCAAGGAACUGGCUGAGCAUCUCAGCGAUGCCUAUGCGGCCAAGAAGCCACCGCCCAAGAAGAAGGUGAACACCUAUACGAUCAUCGAGGAAAAGCAUCGACCCAGCAGCUACGAAUACGAGUCUCGACCAGACCAUGCCGUGGAUACAUAUCACGUGAUCGACAGCCGACCUCAGCAGCAUCAUACACUUCAUCAUCACAAGCACUCACAUCAGCUGGACGACAACGACGACGAUGUGGGCUAUCACUAUGCCUCACCUGCGCGCCAGCAUCUCCACAAGCCAACUUCCUCCCUGUUGUACCAUGGCGGAGGAUAUGCAGAGCCAGCGCCGGUUGAGGAACCAUUGGACUUAGAGCAGGGCUACAGCUACUCGCCGCCUAGCUUUGCCCACGCCAAGACGGCUCGUGCGCCUACCCACACACUGGAGGUGCCUCAGGAGUCCUCUCUGGACAGUACAUACCCCUACGACUCUAGGAGCACCAGCAGUUUCAGGCCAUCGCCUCAACUGCCAGCGCAGCCGAACGCAUACGAGGAUGACAUAGGUUCAUAUGUUCCGCCAAUUCAAUCGCGUCGCCGUCGACCCAGCCCGGUGGAUUGGCCAAGUCGCACAGGAUAUAAGAAUAUUAAUUCAGAGACUUACAGCGGUGCCGACAGCUACAACGUUGGACACGUCCAGGGUGUGGGCAGCAGCGGAUACCAAUAUCCUGGACCCUACCUCUAAUCCUAAUAAUGUUUAAUCAUAGUCUAAUGCUAAUUUAUUCCAUUUUCUGUUUUGUUUGUUUGUAUUUUUUUUUACUUAGCCUUAAGUUGAUCAACAUCGAGUAGGGAGAGGGUAUCCACAGACCUAAGUAUUCCCAAUCUUUGUAUUCAAAGCUACAAUUGCAAGUCACUUUCGCAUUCGAAUGACAAAUGAGAAUCAAUCGAGAUUCCCAUUUAAAGAAUGCCUCAGAAUAUAUUUAUUUGUUACCUAUUAGCUAUAAUAUUAUUGCAUAUGUAUGUAUAUGGUCUAUUAUUAAUCGGAUUAACUUUUUUUUUAAGGUUUGCUAGAAAGCUAAGUGUAGUAAAUACAGUAGUAUUGUAAAAUAUUUAAUUUAUGUAACAGACGCUUGAGAGACCGAAUUUUAUACACAUUUCACUUGAAAUAUUACUCUA